GCUUCUUUAUGGAAAUGUGUAAGACCUCCAAUUAUUCAUACAUAUCAAAGGAGGGGCAGAAAAGUAAUUGGACAAAUUAAUAAUGAGGAAGGAAAAAGAGGAGGAGAUCGUGCAGGUGGGGCCCAGGCACAGAAAUAAGAGAAAGAUGAGAGAAGGAAUAUAAAUAGGUUUUUUAGGUCUAGGGGAGGUAGGUUUUAUUUUUAUCCUGAAGUUGGCGGCUGCUUAGCCUAGAGGAAUAUCCAGUCUUUCCCUAGAGGAAGCUGGGUUUGUCUUCAUUAUUCCUUGUUUUUCUUGAAUCUUUAUGUUUUUCUGUACUCAUUUUGGCUAUAUAUAAAUAAAGAUAGCAGAGAGCUACCUCUGUUUUUGGCCAUUGUAAGGGAGAAAUAGUGAAGUAAGCAAGUUGAAUCCUUACAUAUUGGUAUCAGAGCCUCCACACUGGGGGUGAUCACGCGUCUGAUGGCUCAAAGACAGAUAGAAGAACGGGUAGAAGGUACUGAAAAGGAAAUUAUGAGUCUGAAGGAGAUGAUGCUGGAAAUGAAGAAAUCGAUGGAUCGAAUGACAGACGAGCUAAGAGAAAACCAUGGUGCUAAGAAAAAAGAAGAAGCAGGGACUACAGACGACAUCAGGUUGAAACUGAAGGGAAAACUGGAAGAGGCCGGAACCACAGUCGAGUCGGGUGGAAGCAGCGCAGACCGAAGUACAAAAAAUUAGAAAUGCCACUGUUUACAGGGGUGAACCCUGAAUCCUGGGCGUACCGAGCAGAACAUUUUUUUGAUAUAAAUGACUUACCGGAAGCUGAGAAGGUCAAAGUAGCAGUCGUGAGUUUUGGACAGGAAGAGGUAGACUGGUUUAGAUGGAGUAAUCGUAGAAAGAGGGUGGAAUCUUGGGAGGACUUGAAGGAAAGGAUGUUUGAUUUCUUUAAUGAUACAGGACAGCAGAGCUUGGGGGCAAGAUUAAUCCGUAUUAAGCAAGAAGGCUCAUACAGCGAGUACGUUAAGAAGUUUGUUACAUACUCAGCCCCCCUCCCGGACAUGGCAGAAAGUGUUCUGCUGGAUGCGUUUUUAACGGGUCUGGAACCCUCACUGCAAGCGGAAGUAAUCAGCAGACACCCUCAAACUUUAGAGGAAUGUAUGAAGGAAGCUCAGCUGGUGAAUGAUAGGAAUAUAGCAUUAAAACUGGCGAUGGAAGAGUUGGAUAUAGUUGAGCCCAAAAGGAAUGAGAACAGCAGCAAAUUUCAAGGAAAAAAUGAGAAGACAGAAAGUAAAAAGACAGAGUUUGUGAUGAAGCAGGUAACUAUUCCAUUGAAAAAUGAUUACCAGAAAAAAGAUCCCCCAAUUAAACGGCUGUCGGAUACGGAAUUUAGAGCAAGGCUGGAUAAGGGGCUUUGUUUCAGAUGUAAUGAAAAGUACGCCCCAGGCCAUCGAUGUAAAGGGAGAGAAAAAAGAGAGUUGAUGCUCCUUAUACUAAAUGAGGAAGAAGACCACAAAAGGGAAGAGGAUACAGAGGAUGAGGCAAGCGAAGUAAUAGAACUGAAUCAUCUGGAAUUGAAUAUGGAUAACCCUAUUGAAUUGAGGUUGAUCACGGGAGUUACAUCAAAAGGGACGAUGAAAUUAAAAGGACAUGUGAACGGAAGGGAAGUAGUUAUUCUGAUUGACAGCGGGGCGACCAAUAACUUCAUCAGCCAAGUGUUGGUAGAUGAACUACAGCUGAGCAUCGAUCCGGGAACUCGUUUUGGAGUUACCAUUGGGAAUGGCAACCAAUGUGAAGGAAGUGGGAUUUGCAAGAGGGUGAAGGUGAAGUUAAAAGAGUUAACAAUCGUAGCAGAUUUCCUAGCGGUAGAGUUAGGAACGGUAGACUUGGUGCUUGGGAUGCAAUGGCUAGAUUCGACAGGAACCAUGAAGGUUCACUGGCCAUCCCUAACCAUGACGUUUUGGAGGAAGGGUAGAAGAAUAAUCCUAAAAGGUGACCCUUCUCUAACGAAGUCAGAAUGUUCAUUGAGAACCUUAGAGAAAACGUGGCAAUCCGGGGACCAAGGAUUCCUCUUGGAAUUCGAAAACUAUGAAGGAGAAUCGGAAACAGAAGCUGAAUUGAAGGGAAAGGAAGAAGGAUUACCCAUGGUUCAGCGAUUGCUCGAGCAAUAUGCAGAUGUCUUUAGGUUGCCCAGGGGUUUACCGCCAAGGAGAGCCAUAGACCAUCGCAUUCUGACCGUGGCCGAUCAGAAACCAAUUAAUGUAAGACCAUAUAAGUAUGGCCAUGUACAAAAGGAAGAGAUUGAAAAAUUGGUGUUAGAAAUGUUACAAGCUGGGGUGAUUCGUCCAAGCCGCAGCCCAUAUUCGAGCCCGGUCCUCUUAGUGAAGAAAAAAGAUGGAGGGUGGAGAUUUUGUGUAGAUUACAGGAAACUCAAUCAAGUAACGGUGGCUGAUAAAUUUCCAAUUCCCGUGACCGAAGAACUCUUAGAUGAACUUCAUGGUGCGACAGCUUUCUCAAAGUUAGACCUUAAAUCUGGAUACCACCAGAUUAGGAUGAGGGAGGAAGAUGUGGAGAAAACAGCUUUCCGCACGCAUGAAGGACAUUAUGAGUUCUUGGUGAUGCCUUUCGGCCUUACGAAUGCUCCUGCCACCUUCCAAUCUCUCAUGAACGAGGUGUUCAAACCAUUCCUUCGAAGGUGUGUCCUGGUUUUUUUUUAUGACAUUCUAGUUUAUAGUGUGGACAUAGAUGAGCACAUGAAACAUUUAGGAAUGGUUUUUGCUAUCUUGAGGGACCAUGAAUUGUUUGCAAAUAGGUCUAAAUGUGUCAUUGCUCAUUCCCAAGUUCAAUAUUUGGGUCAUCUGAUUUCCAGCAGAGGAGUGGAGGCUGAUGAGGACAAUUCGCAGUAUGGUAAAUUGGCCACGGCCGAAAGAUAUAACUGGGCUGAGGGGAUUCCUUGGACUGACUGGGUAUUAUAGAAGAUUUGUGAAAAGCUAUGGAGAAAUAGCUGCACCCUUAACCAAAUUACUUCAGAAAAAUGCAUUCCAUUGGAAUGAGGAAGCUACAAUAGCGUUUGACCAGCUGAAGCUAGCAAUGACAACCUUACCGGUAUUAGCAUUGCCGGAUUGGUCUCAGCCCUUCACAAUCGAAACUGAUGCUUCAGGAGUAGGUUUAGGUGCAGUUUUAUCACAGAAUGGUCAUCCCAUCGCAUUCUUCAGCCAGAAACUGUCCCCAAGAGCCCAGGGUAAGUCGAUCUAUGAAAGGGAAUUGAUGGCGGUUGUCCUUUCGGUGCAAAAA